AUGGUUGCCGACGCCGUCGUCUACCACCCAUCGGUGGCCCACCUGCUCAGAUUCCUCGCCACCACCUUGGGUCGCGACAAGCUGUACCGCACCAUCCAGUACUUCUCCCGCUUCUACGCCUGGUACCUCCUGCGCACCAACGCCACCAAGGAGGCCGUGGAGCCCUGGUCCGCCGCCAAGAAGCAGUUCGGCCUCCUCCGCAAGUUCCUCCGCCUCGGCAAGAGCAUCGAGCACCUCAGAGCCGCCGCCGUCGCCGCCGACGGCAAGGCCUCGUCGUCCGGCCUCCUGGCCGACCCCGUCCUCCGCUACACCUCGGUCGGCCGCCAGCUCGGCUACGCCGGCUACCUCACCUUGGACGCCACCACCGUCCUCGACGCCGCCGGCAUCCGCCGGUGGCCCCGCGCCCCGCUCAUGCAGCAGGAGGCCUACCGCUUCUGGGCCAUGGGCAUCUCCUGCAGCAUCCUCGCCCAGCUCUACACCCUCUACAGGCUCAGGCAGAGGGAGGCCGCCGUCGACCUCAAGGAUGGAGAGGGUGUUGUCGAGAGCAAGCGCAUCGCCAAGGAACGCUCCGCCAGCCAGACUCAGCUCCUCUGCGACUUCUGCGACAUCCUCGUCCCCUCCUCUGCCCUCGGAUGGCUCUCCCUCGACGACGGUAUCGUCGGUCUCACCGGUACUCUCUCCAGCUUGAUCGGUGUUCGCAGCCAGUGGGGAAAGACUGCGUAG